AUGGUUCGCCUGCACCUUCCUUUCGCUGCUGCCUUGGCGCACAGCAUUUCUGCUCUUGCUAGCGCGAUUCCACAUUUUUCGCCCAACACCAUCAUUAACACUCGCGACGUGAGCUCAUCAUCCAUCGAAGACACAGUCUUGGCAAAACCCAACACUGUCAUCCUGAAGCCCAUUCGUGUUCCCCGCCCGGUAAAUACCAGACGUGAGCUCCGAGCUGCCUUUUCGCUCAAGUCCGAAGAGACUCUUUACUGGUCUGGCGAGGACGGCACCAUCGCCAAGCUUCGCAUCGAAACCGCCGGCGAAAACGAAAAUCUCGUGAACCUCGAGCUCAUCGACGACCUCAUCACCCAAGUCAGCUGUCCCCAGACCGACGGCGAGUUGAAGCUUACCUUUUCCGAGGAAGCCGACUUUGACGAAGCGGAAGAUAUAUGGCAGUGGGUCAACAAGAAGCCUGACAACCACUUCUUCCUGCUUGUUGGUGAUGGUGCUUGUGGCAGAAACACCGAGCGUAUCAUCUACAAUGUCACUGGGCUGAUCUAUAAUGACGAGAAGGAAACUGCUAUCUUGAGUGUUGAGCAAACAACGUGGAAGAAAGCGGCACAUACUUUUGACUUGACCGUCGGCCGGCCGGCGGUCCCUCCCAGUGAGAUUGAAAAGCGGCAGUUCUUCAAGGAUGCGUGGAACAAAAUCAAAGAUGGGUUUACUAAGGUCGGAGAAAAGAUCAAGGAGACCGCCGACAAGGUCAUUGGGAAAGUAAAGGAGAAGGUCGAGGAGAUUCCAGCUGUUACCGUGCCUGUGCUAGGUGAGGUGAACCCGUUCGACCCAGCUUUUAACCCCGAUUUCUCGAUUCCGUUCGAGUCGAAUCUCACGGCAAAGACGAUCUCGCUCUCUCGGGACCAAAUCGACGCUUCAGCUACAUGUGUCAGCUGCUUUACGACCGGGUCAUUGCUCAUUGAGGCAAGGUUCGCGGCCAAGGCGUUCAAGCUAUCCGAGGCCAACGUGGAGAUCUCUUUGUCCGACGAGCUGGCGGCCACUGCCAUUGUUGCUCUGAAGGCGCAAGGCACUGUGUUGAACGGGGCUGCCUUGUCACAGAGUAUUCCGAUCUUUGAGUUCUCGCCUGCGGGUAUUGCUAUCCCUGGUGUGCUCACUCUGGGCCCAACAGUGGCUAUCUCUUUAGGUGCUGAGCUUGGUGAGCUGAAGGGGAGUCUUGGCGUCACCCUGGGGGGCACGGCUAGCCUGCCCAAGGGAUCAACUGCCAAGCUUGAUUUUUUGAAUGAGGCCAGAAUGAGUAAGAGCGGUUGGGAGAUCACGUUUGAGGAGCAGCCCCUGAAGGUGGACGCAAAUGUUGAAGCUCGCGCUUCGGCUUUCCUUAAGGGCUCGAUCGGGAUGGAAGUCAGUGUUGUUGAAACGGGCUUUGCUGCUGAGUUGACUGCGAAAGCGCCAACUUUGUCUGCGUCUUUUAAGACAAUCACUUCUGCGACUUGCACGGCUUGUGGAGGCUUUCAGAACGGCUUCCAGGGUAGUCUCAAUCUUGGGGCAUCGGUGGGUGUCGGCCUGACAAGGAAGAAUUCCGGAGCAGAUGUACCAUUAUGGAACAUGAAUUUUGGAGAAGCCAACACUUUGGAACUUGCCGGAUUCUGUGAGGGUUUUGGGCCACAGGGAGAUCGGUGUCUGGCUAUCAUCUGA